AGUCUUAAGGAAGAGUGUUCCUUGUGCUGUUCCCGAAACUGAAGCGGUUUGCUGAGAAAUCUGCCAGUCUCACCCCCCCAUGCCGGUGACGACGUCGCAGACAAAGAUGGUCGGCUCCUGACUCUGGAAUUGCUUUAUGGUCAGACCCCUGAAAUGGGAUGUCUUUCCCAUUUGGGGACCAUAAAGGAAGAGUUUGUGUUGCUCAGCUGUCACAAAAGGAAGUGCUAGAGCGAACAGCGAGAUGUCUGCUGUGACUGCAGGAGCGCAGGCUCCACAAGGGCCUUACAACCUGCCUCCUCCUGAAGUCGCCAACACUAAUAAACCAGGCCGGAAGACCAACCAAUUACAAUACAUGCAGAAUGUAGUGGUGAAGACUCUUUGGAAGCACCAGUUUGCCUGGCCCUUCUAUCAGCCUGUCGACUGUGUGAAGUUGAGCCUGCCUGACUAUCACAAGAUUAUUAAGAACCCAAUGGACAUGGGGACAAUAAAGAAGAGGUUGGAAAGUAACUACUACUGGAGUGCUAAUGAGUGCAUGCAGGAUUUCAAUACUAUGUUUACAAAUUGUUAUAUCUAUAAUAAGUCUACCGAUGAUAUUGUUUUAAUGGCACAAGCGUUGGAGAAGAUCUUCCUGCAGAAGGUGGCACAAAUGCCCCAGGAAGAAGUGGAAUUACUACCCCCUGUCCCAAAAGGCAAAGGCCGGAAACCUCCCACAGCAACACCACAAGCACCAGUUGUUAGAGAAGCCGAGAUGCCUGUAGAAAAACCACCACCCCAGGCUCCAGCCCCUGCCCUGAAGCCUGCAGAAGUUAACCGUGCCACUACCAGACGGGCUGAACCACCGGCAGAACCACGCAGGGAGCGUUAUAAAGGGGCGACGCAAGCAUCAGCAGUGUCUAGUGUGAGUCCAUCCAUGCCCCAUACGAACGCCACCCCUGUGGCUUCUCAGACGCCAGUCAUUGCUGCCACUCCUGUGCCAACUAUCAUGUCAAAUGUCACCCCAGCUUCCACCCAGCCAUCUGCACCAGCUGCUUCUUCUCAAAUGGUUCCUGUGGUACCUCCAGCAGCUCCAGUCAUAAAGAGGAAAGGAGUGAAACGAAAAGCCGACACAACUACCCCCACGACUUCAGCAAUCACAGCCAGCCGUAGCGAGUCUCCUGUUCCUAUUUUGGACCCCAAGCUAGCAAAAGUUUCGAACCGGCGAGAGAGUGGUGGGCGUCCCAUUAAGCCGCCAAAGAAGGACUUGGAAGAUGGUGAGGUUCCCCAGCAUGCAGGAAAAAAGGGCAGACUGUCAGAACAUCUCAAAUACUGUGAUAGCAUCUUGAAAGAGAUGCUUUCCAAGAAGCACGCUGCCUAUGCCUGGCCCUUUUACAAACCGGUGGAUGCGGAAGCCUUGGAACUGCAUGACUACCAUGACAUCAUCAAGAACCCGAUGGAUCUCAGUUCUGUUAAAAGAAAAAUGGACGGACGAGAGUAUGCAGAUGCACAGGCUUUUGCAGCUGAUAUCCGGUUAAUGUUUUCUAACUGCUACAAGUAUAAUCCUCCUGACCAUGAGGUGGUAGCCAUGGCUAGGAAGCUCCAGGAUGUUUUUGAGAUGAGAUUUGCAAAAAUGCCAGAUGAACCUGUAGAGCCCCCAGCUCCUCCUACCGCAGCCGCCCCAGUGGUCAGUAAAAGCACAGAGAGCAGUCAUACAACCGAAGAAAGCUCUUCGGACUCUGACAGUUCUGAUUCUGAGGAGGAAAGGGCCACCAGGUUGGCAGAACUCCAGGAGCAGCUAAAAGCUGUUCAUGAGCAGCUGGCUGCACUGUCACAGGCUCCUGUUAACAAACCAAAGAAGAAGAAAGAAAAGAAGGAGAAAGAGAAGAAGAAAAAAGACAAGGAUAAAGACAAAGAGAAGGAAAAGCACAAGGUGAAGAUGGAGGAAGAGAAAAAGGUCAAAGUCGCUCAACCAGCGAAGCCAGUUCCACCCAAAAAAGCACCAGCAAAGAAAGCAAGCAGUACAACAGUUAGCGCAACAACCAUGGCUGCUGCUUCCAACGCCACAGCUAACAGCAAGCAACCGAAAAAGGGAGGAAAGCAGCCUCCAUCUGCUGCCUAUGAGUCGGAAGAAGAGGAAGAGGGCCUCCCUAUGACUUAUGACGAAAAGAGGCAGCUGAGCUUGGACAUUAACCGGCUCCCGGGAGAAAAACUGGGCCGUGUGGUUCACAUCAUACAAUCCCGGGAACCUUCUUUAAGAGACUCCAAUCCUGAUGAGAUUGAAAUUGACUUUGAAACCUUGAAGCCCACCACUUUGAGAGAACUGGAGCGAUACGUCAAGUCAUGUUUACAAAAAAAGCAAAGGAAACCAUUUUCAGCAUCGGGGAAAAAACAAGCAGUAAAGUCCAAGGAGGAGCUCGCUCAGGAAAAGAAAAGGGAGUUGGAGAAGCGACUCCAGGACGUAAGCGGCCAUUUAAAUAACAAGAAAGCUCAGAAAAAAGAGAAAACAGGUUCUGCGUCGGCGGGAGGUCCAUCGCGGCUGAGCAGUAGCAGCUCUUCUUCAGAAUCCGGCAGCAGCAGUUCAAGUGGAUCCAGUUCGGACAGCAGUGACUCAGAAUAAAUAGAUGGCGUUCACACACCAGAUCCUUAUUCUUUGCAGUGUCCCCAUCUCUGAAACUCUCUUAACACUUUGUGUGUGCAGUUGGAAAAACUAGAAACUAAUUUUUUAAAAAAAUAAAUAAAUAAAUUGCUAAGAAAAAAAUAAUAAUUCAGCGUUCUCCAAUUUGGCAAGCAGGCACAGCAAUAACCAGCAGUGUAGAAGAUCCUGUUGCCUUCAUUGGAUUAUAUGAAGGUUUACUUUGCAGAAUUUUUCUUAGUUAUUUUCUUUUUUUUUUUAAUUUUUAUAAUUCUCUUAUGCCUACACAUUUAUAUCUUGGAAAGGAACUUUUAAAACUCACCAAAUGGACAUGCAACCCGACAUCUUCUCCAAGUGAUCAUGACUUAUUUUAAAACCUCAAUAUCCCACAUGGUACAUUUCCCGAAAAGGACUUUUCUGGUGUUUGUAUCCAUUUCGUAGUAUAUGGAGUCGUUAACCACAAGUUUACGGUUUUAAUUUUUUCUUUUAAACUUUUUUUUUUUUUAAAUUCUGUAUUGAAAAUGGACAUUGUGCACCGGGCUUAAAUAAGACUAAAUAGGACAACAUUUGGCAUUAGACUGUUUUGGCCAAGAUCACAAAAGCUAUACAUUGGCAUUUAUUUUUUUUUACCCUUCUUUAAACCUCAAAAGAAAACACUAUCCCCUCCAUUUUUGCAUUUUUUUUCCCCAAUCUUUUUUUUUUUUUUUUCUGAAGCAAUGUUUUCUCACCGUUCAACAUUCCAUCUAUUUGUCACCUUCAUGCUUUCCCCUGUACAUAGCAACUAUUUAUUGACAUGGUUUCAUGUUUUUUUUUUAAAGAGCUUUCAAGUCCAUAAAUUCAUUGAAAUUGUGGGUGAAGCAGAAUUUCGAAUUUUUAAAAGCUACUAACAAUUGCUUCUUCAAGGGGACAAUUUCUAGCGACAAGAGUGCAGCUUGCAUUCCAUACACAAGCUAUUGUUGAAAAUGUUCUAAUAAAUUGGGGUGGGGGAGCAGAAGAUAAGUCUCCAUAAAAAGACUUCAUGGGUUCAUAA